CUUCCCUCAAUGUGGCCUUGAAAAGUUCUCCCUUCGUAUCCUAGUACUUCUUCUCUCUCCUCUUGGUUUUUCAAAUGCAUUUUUAGCUUUUAACUUCUCUCUCUAGCUCUGCCGAGCAUCUGCAGCUUGGACCUUGGCCUUUCUCCGAUGACCACUCCUUCACCGCCGUUGGAAACUCCAAUGGGCUACUGGACUCCGGACCAGCAGCAGCAAAUUACCAUUUUUUAUAAUGGCCAAGUUUUCAUUAGCGACAUGACUGAACUUCAGGCUAGGGCCAUAAUUUUGUUGGCAGCUGGAGAUAUGGCAGAAAGGGGGAUAUCAAGUGUGUCAAACGCAGCGUUGCUUGCAUUGCAAUCUCAAAUAUAUGGGCCUCCAGGUGUUUCCAUGAAGAGGUCUCUUCAGAGCUUUCUCCAAAAGAGGAAGAAAAGAAGUCAAGAAGCUUCUCCAUACAACAGCCUAUAAUAGCAUAUUAUUAUUAUAGCAUUAGCUGCAAUUAAUUCUAGAGAUCAAUUCAUGGACUCUUAUUAGUUAUUGAGUUUUAACCACAGAUCAGUUAUUUGGAUUUAAUAUGUAUGCCAUAAUGUCAAGGCCAAUGUGACAUGGAUUUUGCAGACCCAUUUUUUU